GGAGAAGUUUUCGCGCCACGUGAACAGGGGCCUGACCAUAUAUGGAAAAAACAGUUUUAUUCAUCAGUGCGUCAUUUCCGGUAGAGAAACAGAGCUGAGGCCCGGCGAGCACGGAGUGACAGAGUGCGCGAGCGCUAGCCGCAAUUUUCUACUCAAAACCUAACCAGCUGAGAUCCAUUUUUGUUUUUUUACGGAGAUAUAUCUACGACUCGUGAAGAAUAUUCCAGUGACUUCUCACCAUUGCCAUGACUGACUGCAGUGAUUUGGACAGACAAAUAGAGCAGCUUCGACGCUGCGAAAUCAUCAAGGAGGGAGAGGUAAAAGCUCUCUGUGGCAAGGCCAGAGAAAUCCUUAUAGAAGAAAGCAAUGUCCAGAGGGUCGACUCGCCAGUUACAGUGUGUGGGGACAUCCACGGGCAGUUCUAUGACCUUAAGGAACUUUUCAAGGUUGGGGGGGACGUGCCAGACACAAACUACCUGUUCAUGGGGGAUUUUGUAGACAGAGGGUUUUACAGUGUGGAGACAUUCCUGUUGCUACUUGCUCUUAAGGUUCGUUAUCCAGACCGUAUUACGCUGAUCAGAGGCAACCACGAGAGUCGACAGAUCACACAGGUGUACGGGUUCUACGACGAGUGCCUGAGGAAGUAUGGGUCCAUCACGGUCUGGAGAUACUGCACCGAGAUCUUCGACUACCUCAGCUUGUCAGCCAUUAUAGACGGGAAGAUUUUCUGUGUACACGGAGGCCUGUCCCCAUCCAUCCAGACAUUAGACCAGAUUCGCACAAUAGAUAGAAAACAAGAGGUUCCUCAUGACGGCCCCAUGUGUGACCUGCUGUGGUCCGAUCCAGAGGACACGCAGGGGUGGGGGGUCAGCCCCAGGGGGGCGGGGUACCUGUUUGGCAGCGACGUGGUCGCACAGUUUAACGCUGCUAACAACAUUGACAUGAUCUGCCGAGCACAUCAGCUGGUGAUGGAAGGGUACAAGUGGCACUUCAACGAGACAGUCCUGACAGUGUGGUCAGCUCCUAACUACUGCUAUAGGUGUGGAAAUGUAGCGGCCAUACUAGAACUAGACGAACACUUGCAGAAGGACUUUACCAUCUUUGAAGCAGCACCUCAAGAAGCCAGAGGCAUUCCUUCCAAGAAACCUCAGGCAGACUACUUCUUGUAAUUCCUCUUAAGAUGUUAUCGACUGCAGCCCUGUUCCCUAAGACACUGUGACGUCUUGUGCUGAGAUUUUAAGACUCAGAAGGAUACUUAUUCCUUCUUCUGGGGAUCAUGACAAGAGUUUUGGGACCUUACUGAAAAAUUUUAGGAUAACAUUUAACUUUGUUGCAGUUGAAACAGGACAAACAUUAAAUAUAGUAAGUUGGCAAAAAAAAAGCAAACCUCACAUCCUGACACUUACAAAAAUACAGUACUCACCUCAGUUGAAGGUCUCUGUUUUCUAUGCUUUCCUUCACUGACAACCAAUGUUAGUAGCAAGCAAGGAAAGAAGGAUAAGACUGAAACAGGAAGUUAAGUAUAUUUUAUGCCAUACUUUGUCUCUAGGAGGUGGUUUUUAAGUGUGACAAACUCAACUUCUUGGAGAGCAGUUGUAGUCUUUCCAAAAACACAUGGAUAAGUGAAAUGCUCUGAUUGUUUCUACUUAAUCUUGGCCACUUACUAGUUUACAUUUAACAAAAUUUUAGACCAAAUAGAUGACACAAAAAAAGAGUCCUUUAACUUUUAAGCCUACCAUUUGUACAUGGAUGUGCUUAUAGGACAGGGUAGCGGGGUGAAGUUCCAUUGGAUUAGCGUUUCAGGCCUCACUUAGCUUUCAGGUAUCUGUUUCAUAUGUCAGUGGCACAGACGAUAUCUAAUGUAGGACCAGAAUUCCAAAGAAUUAUCCAAAUCAUGUUCACAUCUCUCUUUCUUUGUACCCCACCCUGUUUAUAUAUGUAUAUGUUAGUAUCUGUGAUAUGUAUUGUUAGGUCUGAGCAUACGUGCAACAUUUUGAAGUCUUCGCCUCAGACCUUCAGUCCAGCCACUACAAAAAGCUCCUUCCUUUCUUGACUCCCCAAGUACAGACAAGACCCAGGCACCACUGACAAUCCUACUGCAAGGAAAGACACAAGAGGGAAAAUCUAUUUUAGUCUUUGAUGUCAGCUGUGCAGGGUUAGGAGGAAAUAUUUUCUGAAAAUGUCACUCAAUUUGUCAAUGGUACCAUUUCUAAUUAUGUUGAUUUUGUGGGUAUUAGAAUGGCGUAGGGGGAAUUUAGUGAAAAAGAAUUAGUUUUUACUUGUAUAUAAAGCUGAGAAAUAGUGUCCUAUCAUGUCUACUGCACAUUAGAGAAUCAAGGAAACUUUAGAAUAUAAUGCACUGUAAUUAUUCUUUUUCACUGCCAUGUUACUUUCCUGUGUGUGGUAAGUCUUAUAUUAUUGAGCCACAAAAAAUGCCAUGUAUGAAAGGUGAUGAAUAACUUUCGUAUCAGUUGAUGUUAUAUAUGCAGUUACCUUGUCAUUUUUCAUGCUUAACUGUGACUUCUUGAUAUGAUUUUAUGUCACAUGGUAAUAUUGCAUUGCUAGAACAGUCAGAACUCAUUGUUAUGAAAUUAUGUGUCGUAACGCAAAAAUGCAAAAAAGUCAAAUAUGAACAUAGGGACAGUCAUCAAACUUCAUUGCAAAUUACUAAUUGAAAGUGCUGCUGUGUUGAUUCGUUUUCACAUCAGCAACUGGCAACAGGCAUUGCUUUCGUACAACAUUUAAAAGCCUGUUGGUUGCUGAAUGGCAUUUUUGAAAAAGGCUUCACCAAACACCUUUUCAAUCAGACAGUGGUGGCAUCAAAAGACCUACAGUGAAGAUUCCUAACAUUUUGAGAAAUACAGAGCAGUCUUGUGAGAAUAGCAAAUAGGUGGUGUUCUACAAAUAAUCUAAAACAUGGGUAGUUCACAAAUGACUUGAAAAAUAUUUCAGUUGAGUUGGGGACUUAUUGGGCAAGUUUAUAUUUGUCAUAAAAAGAUAUCUAUCAACAAUGUUUUAAACAGGCAUACUAUUAUCCAUUGUAAUGACUUGUUUAUGAGUAGUUACCAUGUAUUUUUCAGUAUCUGGAUAACUAUGUUCCUUGGUUGUUGACUAUGUAUUUUGUUUGUGUAAUACAAGCUGAGGUAUAGCUGUCCUUCCUGUAGCUGCUAACUACAAGAUAUAGACAAUGACUUUUCUCUGGGUGAUUCCAUUCAGAAAGUAGGAUGGGGGUGGGGAUAAAAUUGGAGUCAAAAGAAAGACCUGGCUUUGAAAUGGGUAGUCCAAAAUAUGAAAGCGUUUGAAAAAAAAGACUCCUCCCUCACCCUCUAAACUUUCUAAAUGGAUUUGUGUAUCUAUUAUUGUUACCAUUACUACUUGCCUGUAAUCUACCUACUCUGCCAAAUGUUAAUACUAGUAUUUAAUGUACAUUUGUUCAUUUUCUGCAGUUGCCCCACCUUAUAUUUUUACCACUCAAGAAAGAUCCUUACAAAAUGUGUAGCGGUGCAGAUGUUAGUUCAUAGGGAGAUGUGACUUUUUAUUUGUGAAGAACCAAGUGUCCAAAUAAACCGAGAAACAGUUUCUAUCA